AAGCAGCCGCCAGACCAGCCAACCCCUCUCCCCCACCCCCAGAUCUUUAAAAGCGGGGUGCGGGGAGGGGUUAAAGACAAGGCAGCAAAGGGAUCCCGAGCAAAGGGAGCGCAGCGUGUUGUCCGCCUCCAUCCCCGCCGCUCCAGCAGGGGGAUUUAUGCAUCUGUCUCUUUGUGGGGUCCUUGACCAGGGCUGUGUUGGUCGUUUUUAUGGGACGUUUAUAUUAAAGGCAUGGAAGUUCAAGCGGACAAUGUAACUAGAGUUCUCGAGUCCCCACUAGAGCUACUGAUCAAACCUACUGAGAAUGAACAAGAUGUUUGUGAAUGUUAAUCUAUCUCAGCCUUAAAAAAAUUGGGAAAGGAAAAAUGGAUCCUUUAUAUUUUUCCAAUGCUUUUGGCAUGGAGGUCAGUGCCCAAGAUGUAAAUUCUUCCUCACUGACGAACAUGACGGACAAUAGGACUAUAGCAGGACUUCCUGUAUCCAAAGAUGUUCACACAGUUCUUAUCUCUAUCAUAUACUUCCUUGUAUGUGCAAUCGGACUCAGUGGGAACACCUUGGUCAUUUAUGUGGUUUUGCGUUAUGCCAAGAUGAAAACAGUCACCAACAUUUACAUCUUGAAUUUAGCCGUAGCCGAUGUACUCUUCAUGCUUGGCUUGCCAUUCCUGGCUACUCAGAACGCCAUCUCUUACUGGCCCUUCGGCUCCUUUUGGUGUCGGCUUGUUAUGACCGUAGAUGGCAUUAAUCAAUUCACCAGUAUCUUUUGCUUGACUGUCAUGAGUAUGGAUCGCUACCUUGCAGUAGUUCAUCCCAUCAAGUCCACCAAAUGGCGGCGUCCAAGGGUGGCCAAACUGAUCAGUAUAACAGUCUGGACUUUCUCAUUUUUGGUGGUUCUUCCAGUCAUUAUAUUUUCAGAUGUUCAGGAACACCUUCACACCUGCAACAUGAACUGGCCAGAGCCAGUAAACAUAUGGUCAGCAGUCUUCAUCAUUUACACAUCGGUUUUAGGAUUUUUUGGACCGCUGCUGGUGAUCUGCCUCUGCUACCUGCUGAUUGUGAUUAAGGUCAAGUCUUCUGGGGUCCGAGUUGGGUCCACAAGGCGCAGGCGGUCAGAGAGGAAAGUGACCAGGAUGGUGGUCAUCAUUGUGGUCGUCUUUGUGUUUUGCUGGCUCCCGUUUUAUAUACUGAACAUUGUCAAUUUGAUAUCCACCUUGCCAGAAGAGCCUGGGUUACUUGGUGUUUACUUCUUUGUGGUGGUUCUGUCCUAUGCAAACAGCUGUGCCAACCCCAUACUUUAUGGAUUUCUCUCUGACAACUUCAAGCAGAGUUUUCAGAAAGUUUUAUGUCUCCGGAAGGGGAAUGGCGUUGAAGACGGCGAUCCAACCAAGAACAGGCAGGAAAACAGCAGCCGCUUGCAAGAAGCAAUGCUAACCCAGAGAAACAUGGAAUUCAAUGGACAUAUGCAAACAAGUAAGGUGUGAGGUCCUGGCUUGAAAAACUGUAAAUAAACUGCAGAGCUGAAAAACUGGGGGGGGGGAUGAAAAUCAGAGAUGAAACUGAAAUCCUGAGACCCACAAGCUCCAACAAAUGUACAUAGAUUCCCCCUCCCCAUGAAAGAAUUAUGGAAUAUAUUGGAUUCUGUGGAAUGCCUAAGGCAUGUAGCUAAAGCAAUCUGACGUAUUAUCACUUUCUCUUUCUAUAUGCAGGGGACAGAUUUAGUGGUACGUUCUGGCUGCUGUGUGCCGUUCUGGUGAUGCAAAGCAGCUGUGAGCCUGUUUUAACCAUCCUAUUUGCUUUGCAUUGCUGGAUCAGCAAAAAGCAGAGAGUGUAUUGGUUCAUUUGCCCCAAAGUAUUCUCAAUAGUUGGGUAAGUGAAUGUUUUAUAUUAAAAAAGGAAAAAGCACUAUUUCUUAAGGGGCAGUUUUCAAAGUAACAUAGCUCACAGCACUAAUUUACUGAUCUUGGAAGUAUGCAUAUGCCAUAGUUUGGAAGUGCUGCUUAACCAUUUGCAUUGUUUUACUGUAAUUAUCCCACAUAAGAGACUCCAAAUGCCCAGAAGCGUUUCAAGUCAAUUGAAAGAAAACCCAGCCCAGAAAUAAAAAUACCUUGAAAAAGAAUUAUUAAAUGAAUGUGAAAUGGAAAAUUCAUCCAUAGUGCGUAUAACAGUCUAAUCCAAGCUGCUUAUGAAUUGUAACGUCGUCACUUUAUUACUAUGUAAAUGACAGUGAUUGUGAAGUCCUGAAAAGCUGUUUUGUGUCUAUUUAUUGGUUCUGAAUGUAAGUAUGGAUCUGAAUUUAAAUUGUAUUUUCAGAAAUUAAAACAAGUUGAAUUCCCUC